AACUGCGAGAGAGAGAGAGAGAGAGAGAGAAAGACAGAGAGAGAGGAAGAGAGAGAGGGAGAGGGAGAGAGUCUGCUGUGGUGGUGUUGGAAAUCGGACGACAUGAGCUCUACAUGAACCGAGUAAAAUGCUUUAAGACGCUUUCGGCGUUUGUCUUGCAUCCGUCUCAACCGAGGACGAGCCUGAAGCGGAGCUGUACUUCACGAGCAGGUGUAAUACUGUCUUAAGCCUGAGGGGGGCAGAAUGCCGGAGCAGAGCAACGACUAUCGUGUGGUGGUGUUCGGGGCAGGGGGAGUGGGGAAGAGCUCCCUGGUCCUGCGCUUUGUGAAGGGCACCUUUAGGGACACCUACAUCCCCACAGUGGAGGACACCUACCGCCAGGUGAUCAGCUGCGAUAAGAGUGUGUGCACCCUCCAGAUCACCGACACCACAGGGAGCCAUCAGUUCCCGGCCAUGCAGCGCCUGUCCAUCUCUAAAGGCCAUGCCUUCAUCCUGGUCUACUCCAUCACGAGCAAACAGUCCCUGGAGGAGCUCAAACCCAUUUACCAACAGGUCUUGGCCAUCAAGGGCAACGUUGAGGCCAUCCCCAUCAUGCUUGUGGGCAACAAGAGUGACGAGACCCAGCGGGAGGUGGACACCAAGGAUGGGGAAGCCCAGGCCAACCAGUGGAAGUGCGCCUUCAUGGAGACGUCGGCCAAGACCAACCACAACGUAACCGAGCUUUUCCAGGAGCUCCUCAACCUGGACAAGAAGAGGAACAUGAGCCUCAACAUCGAUGGCAAGCGCUCAGGGAAGCAGUCCCGCGCCGAGAGACUGAAGGGCAAAUGCAGCGUCAUGUAACUUCAGGUGAGGAGGAGAGGGGAGCUGGAGGUUGAGAGAGUGUAGGGGGGGGGAAUGCAGAGAAAGGGAGGAAAAGACGGAAGACGAGAGAGAGAGAGGAGAGGACUCACUAAACGCAUCACUGCGAGCAAAACAUCUGUCAAGUAACGGGAAUCUCAUCAUCCACAUCCUCCUCUGUUUGACUGGUGCAUUCUCAAACACAACUCAGUGUUGACAGUUAUUUUGUAAACACUACAGAAUUUCAGUUUGGAGCUUUACAUCCAUGUGCAUUCUGCAAAAGGAAGAGAUGAGGGGGGACUGACAGAAUAUCGAGAGGCAAAAUUAUUGAGACGAAGUGUGUGUCACAGAUGAAUAACCUGUGGCCGUCAGCUAUAGUCAGAAACAGCGUGGGUGUGGACUUUUCCAUGAUCAAGACCUUGGACUGCAAUAAAUCCCACAGACUGCAGCACCCCUUCAAAAACUACUGAAGAUUUCUGAUCAAAACAUACAGUCCAUACAGUCCUCUCUUACUUCUUCAUCCAAACCCUCCUUCCAUGCUCAGCUCACACCCCUCAUCAUCCCAGCUCAUCCCAUCUCCCUCAUCCUUUGCCUACACCACAUACUUUAUUACAUAUAGAGAAACGUAAUGUACAUGUAUAUGAUUCAACGGUAGAAACACUAUUUAAAAGACUGAGGUGUCCCUCACGCUAGAAAGCGCAGGACCCAUAAAGGGUUGAGACUGCUUGCGUGACAUUUACAGCAAAAACAUGCGACCCAGCUACAUCCCAGAGCCGCUUAUGGGGACCCUGAUGUAUAUAAACAUGGGGUAUUUAAAUAUAUUCCAUCUCUAAGUCUACACAUGUCCUGCCCAAACUAGUACAUCAGUCAGAGGCAUGAGGUGAAAUUUCAAGCAAGCUUAAUCUUCACAUCUCCUCAACUUAAUCAUCCCUCCUGAAAGAUAAAAAGGACCUUUUGACAUUAAUCAACCUAUCAUUAUGAUAAAAACUCAUCUGCAAACUCUCCAAAUGGCCUCAUCUGAAGUGCAGAAGCAUCCAGCGGCUGGGUAUGCGCACACGCAACUGACAUGACGCAACAAUCCUUUUAAGACUCAUCUAGUGUAGAAUGACUCUGGAUGAAAAAGAAGCUGGACUCUCAUCAAACAUAGGAAACAGAAAUACAAGUCUGCCUUGUCUACGAGGAUGAUACACUCGGAUAAUAAUUGCCAAGCUGGUAAGAGGAAAGGGAUGAGUUUUGGUUGUGAAGUCAAGAAUGUCAGUUUGCUUUGGCACUUCUCAUGUGAAGGUUUCUCUUCUUUUGCCUAUUUUUCUUGUUUGUUUGUUUGUCUUGAUGUUCUUUGAAUUAAUGUUAAUGUAAAAAAAAGCCCUCCUUAUACAAAAAGCACACUGAGAAAAAUAAAUACAUAAGGGAUGGAUGUUAAAUUGCUCCAUGCAAAUUAAUUAGUGUGACAGGAAUCGCUAAAUUCUGUUUCCUCUUUGGUUGGUUUGGUCACAUUACCUCUCACACGCCUGUGUAGGCAUCGGUAAACAGGAAACAGAAUGGGACACACACAAACACACACACACACACACUGUAUACACACACACCGCAUGCGCACAAAUGCAUUCAUGCAAGUUUAAAAAAAGAAAAGAAAACGUCAAUAUGAGUAACACCGUUGACUGAUUACAUGAAGACAAACAGGGCUCACUCAGCCUCAAUGCCCUCACAUUGCACUUUAUAUUAUAAAACACACACCCACGUGCACACACAGAACUGUAAUUUCUCAUGUUUUUGCGUAUGUUAAGUGUCAAUGAUUUCUGCCUAACAGAAUAUCCUCCUGGAGCCAUUGAAUAGCUCUACUGUAUGUCCAAAGUGCAUGUAUAAACCCUUUUUUUUUGUUUUACAUGCAGGAGCUCUGAAUAUUGUACAGAGUGUACACAGGACAGCCAAAAGCACAAUACUUUUUUACCAACAUAUCUAUUUGUACAUUUGUUUCUUUUUUUAAAUGUUUUAUCCUUUUUUUUUGGUUUUCUUUGUACAAUGUUUCAUCUUAAACAUGUUUUCACCAAUCCUGAAUGUGGAGAAACAAAUCGCACCAUGAUCCCUGGUCUGGAUACACAGUAGAUGUAAAGUGUUCUAUUUGUCCGGUACAUGGCACAGUGAGCUUGUGGUUCUGUUGAGCAACAGGGUAUCGUGGUGGCUGUGGUUAGUUGUGGUUGUGAUAGAAGCGCGUAAAUGCGACAUAACUCCACAGAAUUGUAGAUCAUAUAGGACGAAUUAGGAGGGUCAGAUUAUUCGUCUACUUUUCUCCAUCUCUCAGGCGAUUUUAACAACAAUUUGGGUGGAGGAUAAUCUGUUUCUGUACUGUUUAACCCAAAGACAUAAAUGAUGCCCCUUUUAACUGUGUGUCCAUCUCUCUGGAAGAAAAAAAAAAAAGCACAGCAAUUGUUUCCGUCUGUCUUUAUAUGUGCAGCAGAAUCAACAACAGGGCACUUUAGGGUAACAUUUUACUUGAAGACCUGCUUAUUAAUCAGCAAUGCCUCAUUUAUAAGCGCCAUGGAAAAUGUCCGUCCUGCAUUAUUCAGAUGCACAUAAAAAAUUAUAUAACCUGUAGUUAUUGUAAAUAAAAUAGUAGUUGAAUGAAAUGUUUUUAAGAGCUUCAAGUAAGAUGUUACCCAUGUAAAGAAAAAAUGUCUUUCUGGGAAUAAGUCCUUUGUAACCAAGAAAUGUUAUACAGUAAUACAGUAGAAGGCUUGAUGUUGCUAUAUACUGUAAUAUAAAGCUUAAUAAUGAUGUUCAUGAUAUACUGUAUUUGACACAUCCACUCUUCAGAUCUAUCAAUCAGAUAAUACUAAAAAUGUGACUAUGUAACUAAAGGUUUCACUCCAUGGAUGUUCUUUUUUAUUUUAUUUGGAAAGCUGAAUGAAUCCGUUGUUAUCGAUCGUGUUGUACUUUGCACUAAUGUGAGGUCCUGUUAUACUCAAAAAUGUGCAUUGUAAAACCUACCCUUUACCUCUUAGAUGCCAGGGAUUCUCACACAUCCUCUUCUUCAUUUUGUCAUCAGUUUAUAUUUAAAAAAAAACAAAAAAAACAAGUUGUAUUUGAAAUCGUUUGUGUUGGUUUGUUUUAGAUGCCAGACGGAUGGAGGGAUUUCUGUCCUGUCAUGUACCUACCUGAUGUGUCCUUCUAAAGGUUAAAAAGCUAGAAAAACUAAAGCUGGAAAUUAUCUGUACAACUGUCAAACAGUUCUAGUCUGAUCUGAUGUGUGGCAACUGGCAGCGGUGGUGCACAGGCUGCAUAAAUAUGAGCUUGACACGUCUGGUUUCGUCAACGCCAGCUCGCGAGCGCAUGUUUGUCCAAUCUGUUGUUCUGCUGACGUCUACAGGAGACUGUCAUUGUGCAUGUCCCUGUGUGGAAUAUAAUACAGCAGGAAGGGGGAAACAAUUAGACCGUGUGCAAGAGCAGUAUGGGCAUCAUGCUGGAGCGAGAGGCCGUGCCAAUAAUAGAAAUAGUGUAAAAACAUGGGGUGCUUACUGUACUGACUAACUAGCCUGUAUAAGAUUUAAAUGUGCUUGCAUGUGAGGAGGCGUGCAUGGGAAGUGUGUAAGCGUCCGUUGAGUUUCUUGGGCUGUGUGAGUUAAAUGCUGGCAUGAAUCAGGACAGACACCUCUGCCCCUGUCCUCCCAUCGCUUGUCUCAUCUCAUUUGUCAAUGAAGCAUAUUUACUUCUGCUGCUGCUGUUUGUGUGUGUGUGGGACUGUGAGUGCAUCCAUGUAUGUGCGCAAUCAGCCACCCAUUUGCAUCUCUUCACUCUGGCCUGCAUGAGUGUGUAUGUGUGCAUGUUUGUGUGCUGUUGUUACCAUCUUAUGAAAUGUCUGUCAGAGAUUUGAAGCUUUCCUGUGGAGAAUGCCUACACAUUUCUUUAUGAGUCAUCCCACAGGCAUGGAGGCAAAACAGACAGACUGCAUACCCUUAGCUGUACGCACACACUUACACAGGCAUAUUACAUUCAUACAGGUCUCAUUCUCUCAUUGGCUGUUUCCCCCCCCUGCUCUACUCUGUUGUUCAGGCACCUCUGUCAGCACUACUUCUCCAUAAAUCAUCUGUCCGUUCAAAUGGAAUCCUGAUUUUCUUUCACAAGCAUUCCUCCGAUUUUUGCGUGUGUGCGUUUGUGAGUCGGUUGCACUUAAACAGACGAAAGGCCGACCCUGCUCACAUCUGAUUGUAGAUAGUUGUAAAUAGUGUUCAAAGGACUUCAUAUUUCAGAGAUGAGAGUAUGCAGAGGAAAGGAUGCUGUGGUGGGAAGGUGCCUUCACCUGCAUUUCCUUGUUAUAGUCAAAGUGUCCAAUUUGAAGUAACACAGCAAAACUAAAAGUUUCCUUCAAUGCUACUUGGUGACUUUAUGUCAACUUCAUCAGCUGUUGUGAAGUUGUUCACAUUUUUGGCUUUUUUCCACAGUGUGCAAUAACUUUCUCAGCAAGAAAAAAACAAAACAAAUUGACUUUGAAAGAGGAAAUCUACGGAAGCCCACAGUGACCAAUUUUAGAUUAAUUAAAUGAGAUGUAAAAUAAAUAAUCAUAUGACUAAAUACAGACUAUAGAAUAUAUAUGAAAUUUUAAAAUAAUGCAAUGGAAGUUUUAAAGUCGGCUCAUUGUUAUGAAAUGUAAUCCGGUUUCUUUUCAAAAUAGUUGUUAACUGCAGGUCAUUUUUAUUUUAUUUUGCGUUUUUUUUAUUUCUUAAUGUCAAUUUCAGAGUUUUUUUUGUUUCUCCUAAUGAACAUUUAUUUUAUAACGCACUUUACAUCACAAAGUCUUUGUCUGUCAAUCAAGACGAACACAACCAGUUGUGUGAUUGACUGUCUCCCCUAAUCAGACCAAAGCAGGAGCCAAUCCCAUCACAGGAUCUUCCUUGUCUGUUUAGAUGUAAAGUGGCUUUUUUUUUAAAAAAACUGGCAUUGUGAAAUGAACAGAAAUUUCAGAAACAUUUGAAAAUAAUAAUUGCUGGAAUUGAAUACAAAUGUCAAUAAAUGAUGCUAUUGUGAAAAGAAGCAGGA